UCACAAACAAUUAAGUGCUCUCUAAUGUGUUAAUAUCAACUGCGAUUACUCACAACAAACACUUAUUAUUGUUAACUACUAUUAGUCGUUAUUGAUUUUGUUUUAGUGCAUAGAAUCCUUCUUAGCUGAUAUGAGUCAAUCCGCAAAAUAUUUAGACUAUGGACGAAACUACCUCGCACGUGCAUCUAAACACUAUAACCAAAGAAAAUGGAGAAUUGUCGACGAUUAUGAUGAGUGAUCAACAAUCUGAGGGAUUGAAAAUAACUUACGGUAUUGACGAUAUUCCACCAUGGUAUUUAUGUUUGUUCAUGGCACUUCAGCAUUAUCUGACCAUGAUAAGCGCAAUAGUGUCGAUCCCAUUCGUCUUAACUCCAGCGCUGUGCAUGAAGGACGACGACCCAGCACGUGGACAUAUUAUUUCAACUAUGAUAUUUGUAACGGCUAUUGUGACGUACGCUCAGUGCACGUUCGGUUGCAGGUUACCUAUCGUUCAAGGGGGAACUAUAUCGUUCCUGGUGCCGACAUUGGCAAUAUUGAACCUACCCCGUUGGAAGUGUCCAGCCAAAGAAAUCGUCGACGCCAUGACACCCGAAGAGCAACAAGAACUGUGGCAGAUCCGCAUGAGAGAACUUUCUGGAGCCAUAGCCGUUGCGGCGUUGUUUCAAGUGUUCAUAGGACUUACCGGUCUCGUUGGUAAAAUAGUCAAAUACGUGACGCCACUUACCAUAGCGCCCACUGUAGCGUUAGCUGGGAUGUCACUAUUUCACAACGCUGGAAUUUCGGCGGCUAAACAUUGGGGCGUAUCCUUAGGGACCAUCGCUUUGCUGACGUUGUUCUCGCAGUUUCUGACCAACUUCAAGUGUCCGUUUCCGUGUUACGACAAGACCCGAGGUUUUCGGUUUUUGUGGUUCGAUCUGUUUAGACUUUUCCCGGUACUACUGACCAUCAUGAUCAUGUGGAUUUUAUGCGCCAUACUAACCGUGUACGAUUACUUUCCGGACGGUCAUCCGGCUAGGACCGAUGUUAAGAUGCGCAUUCUCGAGGAUUCGGAUUGGUUUAGGAUUCCAUACCCGGGUCAAUGGGGUUGGCCGACAGUAAGCGUCGCAGGAGUCGUGGGAAUGUUAGCUGGUGUAUUGGCUUGUACCGUCGAGUCAAUCAGCUAUUACCCAACUACUUCGAAAAUGUGUGGAGCUCCACCGCCCCCAGCUCACGCUAUUAACAGGGGCAUCGCCUUUGAAGGUAUAGGAACCGUGCUAGCUGGACUUUGGGGGAGCGGAAACGGAACGAACACGUUUGGAGAGAACGUUGGUACAAUUAGCGUGACGAAGAUUGGAAGCAGACGGGUAAUACAGUACGCUAGUGGACUCAUGUUACUUCAAGGAGUGGUAAACAAAUUAGGAGCCGUGUUUAUCAUUAUUCCCGAGCCUAUUGCCGGCGGUAUGUUCUGUGUCAUGUUCGGCAUGACAAGUGCUUUCGGUUUGUCGGCUCUGCAAUAUGUUCAUUUAAAUUCUUCGAGAAACUUAUAUGUACUCGGGGUUUCAAUAUUUUUUUCACUGGUCUUGCCGAACUGGCUGAUCACUCAUCCUAACUCCAUAAAAACUGGAAGUGAAAUUUUAGAUGGUGUACUCACUGUGACAUUCAGCACUAGUAUUCUGGUCGCAGGUAUAUUAGCCUGCUUUUUGGACAAUUUUAUCCCAGGGACACCCGAAGAGAGAGGACUGAUCGCUUGGGGUAAACAAAUGAACCUUGCCAGUGAUCCGGCAACGAGCCAAAAACCGAAUACUUUCGAUUUGCCAAUAGGAAUGGAUUUUUUAAGGAAAUGCGAAUGGGCUCGCUCCGUUCCGGUGUUGCCGACUUACAGCCCGAAGAAGACAUGACCUACAUAUUAUGAAAAUCGUAAUCGAAUUUCAUUUAUAUCACUGUGAUGUUAUUUGAACGUAAAAUAUAGUUAUUACCUGAAUAAUGUUAAGCAAUUUCCGUUUAUAUGUAAACAGUCUAAAUAAAUAAAUAACAAUCGCAAGAAAAAUACUGUCAAGCUCGUUAUUUAAACAAGUUUAACGCUGUACCCUUGAAUGUGUUUUGCAUAUAAAUUACCUACCCCAUAUUUCAUAUUUUGUAUCGACUAUCUUUGCCAUACUUCAAAAAAGCAUAAGAUUAUCAAUUACUAUUCAUAUGUGUUUUUAACAUAACCAA